GGAUUAAGGGAGCUUGUUUGAGACUCAAGAAAACUGAGUGAGUUAUUCAGUGAUGGCGGGCAAAGAAGAGAAUCGAAUAUUCGUCGGAGGAUUGUCAUGGGACGUAACGGAGCGUCAGCUCGAGCAUGCCUUUGGCCGUUACGGCAAAAUUCUCGAAUGCCAGGGUACUUUCUCAGCCGACAUGAUGCUCAGUUCUUUGGAAAUUGUUGGAUCGAGUUGGUGGUAUCACUCAUGUGACACAUGCUGUAUGUGGAUAUCAUCUUAUGCCACCAAAAGGUUCUGCAUCAUUACAGGUUCUGUGGGAACUUAAAGUGUCGUAGAGCUCAAAUGUUUCAAAUUUGGAGCAUUGGUAUCAUUGACAAUUGCUGCUCAGAUAGUGGGCUUCUCUCAUGAUAAGAUUUUGUAUUUCACCAGCUAAUCUGCUUGUUAUAGUUAACAAUGUUGAAGGUUGAAUGAAUGAAUUUCAGUUUUCUUACUUUCUCCAUUGGUAUAGGGUCUGUGGGUUGGACAAAUUUUAUUUGAUUUUGAAUGGUCCUUCUUUUGUCAGUAUACUUUUAGUUGAAGAAUCCGAAUCUGCAUAAGAAAGGUUUUUCUUUUAGAACGCUGGUUUUGUUGUAUCAGUCAACAAAGAGGCAGAAGAGCAGAAUUAGGGAGAAUGCUAGGCAUAUAAUCGUGGUAUACCGAAUAUGAUGAAUCUGUCUUACAUGUUGCCUGGCAUUAAUUCUGCAUAAGAUGGAUUAUUUCUUGCAUCUGUUGAGAUGGAUAGAUCAUUGAAGUUAGCUGAAUCAAUUAAGAAGUAAAACAUGAAAUCAUGAUCUCCAUAAGGAAUGCUGUCAAAUUGUCAAUGCUAAGCCUUCUUGCGUGUCUCGUCUUUCAGAAAUUUGGAAUUCUUUUUUGGUGAGAGAUUUGUGCUGGAAGAGAUAUGAAUACUCACUGUAACUGGAUUUGUGGCAGAAUGAUCUGGUGAUUGCUGAAGAGAUAAUAGCACCUUCAUUUUAUGAUAUACUGUUCGUUUGUGGCUGCAUGUUGUAUUGUUAGUUCUUCUAGUUCUGAGCGAGAAAUAAUAGUGUUAAUAUAAUACAGCAAUUUUAUCAAGUAACUCCGAUGCUAUAUUCAGAGGUGGGGAAUUAGAUUGUUUAAAUGUCUGUCGAUGAAGUCAUGACCAGUAUGGAAUAUGCUGAAAUUCUAGCUCACAUUGUGGAAGUAGUUGUUGUAAGAGAUAUUUGUGGUAAUAAAAUGGGCUUGGGAUCUCUCUGAAUUGCUUAGCUCUAUUGAAAAACAUUCUGAUGCUUUAACAAUUUGACAGAGAAAAUUAUGAUGGAAAGAGAUACAGGCCGUCCACGUGGAUUUGGGUUCAUUACAUUUGGAGACCGUAGGGGAAUGGAGGAUGCAAUCAAGGAAAUGCACGGACGAGAAAUUGGUGACCGCAUCAUCUCAGUAAACAAGGCCCAGCCCAAGAUGGGAGGUGAUGACGUAGACCAAGGUUACAGAAGUGGCUACUCAUCAGGAGGUAGAGGAAGCUAUGGAGUUGGGGACAGGGUUGGACAAGAUGAUUGCUUCAAAUGUGGGCGUCCAGGGCACUGGGCCCGAGAUUGUCCUUUGGCAGGAGGUGGCCGCGGCCGGGGUGGUAGUUCAUUUCCCUCACGCCCAAGGUUUGGAGGUGCUGGUGGUGAUCGCCUUAGCGGUGAACGUGAUCGAUACCUUGAUGAUCGCUAUGAUGGUGGACGUUAUGGGGAUAGGGAUCGCUUUGAUUCCCGAGAUUACAAAUAUGGAAGUCGUGAUCGUUAUACUAGUGACAGGUAUCCCACUAGUGGAGAUCGAUUUGCAAGUGAUCGAUAUGGAGGAAGCUCAGAUUACGCGCAAAAUGGUUAUGGCAAAGAAAGAGGUUAUGACCGGUAUGGUGGUCCACGAGGUGUUGGUGACAGGUAUGGAAGUGGAAUAGCAGCUCGUGACGAAGGAAGGAAUUAUAGGGGCAGGCCUGGUCCGUAUGAUCGACCAAGCAGGGGUGCUCGUCCGUCGUCAUUUGACCGCUACUGAUCGCGCCCUUUGGGGUUCUUGUGAGAAACGCAAAUGCUGGAGCAUGAUUAGGGAAUUAGUUGUCGUUGUUAGAUGACAUUGAAGUUUCAAGGAAGGCCUAGAUUUUAGCUUAAUCAAUCAAUAGAUUAUGAUGGUAUGUGAUAGUUUGUUUAUUCAUUAAGAACCUGCAGAUCCCUAUUCAGAUAUUCCCCUCAUGUGCCUGACUCUUCGGUUUCUUUUCAAAUGCAACCAAGCAUGAACGGUGGUUUUACAUCUUUCCAAAUUAUUGGUGUUGGUGCGUUGUGGCUGCUAAAUUAUUGUGGUAUUGCUUAUGAAGUAGACUUGUUAACUGCUAAUCAAGAAGGCCAACCUUAUCAUCUUGUUUCAUUGAAAUUUAA